GGGAAGAAGUUGCCAACGCCUCUUUGGCGGAAAUUCCAAGGCCGUUUUGCAAAAGACGCCGAGCCUGGUGUCCCAGACCCUCGCUUUUUUGAAGACAAGUUUCGCUAUGGAUAUUGCAUGUCCAUCUAUUGGAGUUCUUUGGCGCGCACGUUGUCGCAUCGCGCUGUUCUGGAUGCUAAAGAGUUACAGGUUCCGUUGGUCGUGCUGCAAGCUGCCGAUGAAUGUUGUGGCCUCAAACAAGACACAGCUUUUCGCUUUCUGAACAUGACUAAUCCCAACAAGACAGGACACAUGCGCGGCAUGUUUCCUUGUCAUGUCGGCAUGGACAUACGCUUUCUAGCAAAGCUCGAUGGUGAUGCAGGUAUGGUCCAAGAUACCCAGGCUAAGAUAAUCGAUUUUGAGUUUCACAGUCUUGACAGAGAAGCUUACCGCCAAACCGCCCCUGGUGAAAUGUUUUAUCCUCGCUUUCUACCUUCCGGUUUGUGGGUCUCUGUAAAAGGGUAUUCAGGCUGCCCGGAUUGGGAAGAACUUCAAGCGAUGUGUCGUAAGCAUGUUCAAACAGAUGAAGAGGCUUGCAAGCUGAGCUGGCGAAAAAAGCACGAAGUUCGCCGUUGUGGUUUUCAAGUGACACAUGCCCAGUGUUUGACCAGCACUGCUUCGCAAGGCUUGACCCUGCGCACAGGCACGAUCGUUGAUUGUGCGCGCUUGCCCGAGUUAGAUGACGACAAUUGUCCAUUGUCGCUCGUGUGGCAGAAUUCCAAAAGAGAGCAGAACGAUGCCGAGACGGCGCUCUGCGUCUACGCGAGCAAUGGGAUGUUCGUGUUGGGCGCGCAUGAGCGUCUUCCUGCAGCAAUGAUCCACGAGCACAUUGACAGUAGCGUGGAAAAGGGCAGCGAAAAGACUCUUCAAGGACAAGCCGACCACGUGGGUGUACUGCAAGGCAGAUGCCACUUCGCAACAAAGCUCUGCGACGCAGAAGAGCAUAGCAUGUUCUUGCAGAUACGAUCCCAUUUGGAAAGCACUGCAGGGCAGAUGCCACUUCGCACCUACAUCUUGUUACAGAUCUGCGACGCAGAUGAGCGUAGCAUCCUCUUGCAGAUACGAUCCCAUUUGGAAAGCAUUGCAGGACAGAUGCCACUUCGCACCUGUGACGCAGAUGAGAGCAUAGCAUCCUCUUGCAGACACGAUCCCAUUUGGAAAGCACUGCAGGCCAGAUGCCACUUCGCACCUGUGACGCAGACGAGCAUAGCAUCUUCUCGCAGAUGCGGUCCCAUUUGGAAAGCACUGCCGGGCAGAUGCCACUUCGCACCUGCUUUGGAAAGCACUGCGGGACAGAUCCUGAUGCUCCGCAUUUUCUGA